AUGCACCACACAAGAAACCAACCUAACCCAAUCUACAAACAGGCCGAAGCAGACAAAUUCGAAGUCGAAAUAGUCAACUCGGCCAACAAGGCCAAAGAACAAGGUAAACACGGAAUCAUCUACCUCCCCGGGUCGAAAGAGAUCUUGGACGUGGUCCAAACUCCCGGUGCGAAAUGGGCUAUAUGCACCAGCGCGGCGUUGAAAACUGUCGACCUUCCUCUCCCCGCGGUGUUUGUCACCGCUGGCGACGUGAGCAAGGGUAAACCCUGGCCCGAACCUUACCUCCUUGGAGCUGCCAAGUGCGGCGUUGAUCCGUCUGAAUGUGUUGUAUUUGAAGACGCACCGAGCGGCAUCAGGAGCGGCAAAGCCGCAGGGAGUAAAGUAGUUGCGCUCUUGACUUCUCACACGCGCGAAGCAGUCGAAUUGGCCGGGGCAGACGCGAUCGUCCAGAAUCUCUCACAGUGA